AUGGUUGCCGUCAUGAAACAUUUUGCCAAAGGCAUUGCACCGAAUUCCUUAGAUGAUUACACACAAAUGGGAGCCACCACUAUCUACUAUUAUGCUAUGAAGUUUAUGGAUGCAAUUAUUUGGAUUUAUAAUGGUCGAUACAUGCGUCAACCUACCGCUCAAGAUACAGAAAGGAUUUUAGCAGAAAAUGAAGCUCGGGGAUUUCCUAGUAUGCUUGGUAGUGUCGAUUGUUUUCACUGCGCAUGGAGAGCAUGUCCAAUGGACCAAGCAGGUUCCCACAGCGGCUACAAGCCAUAUCCCUCGGUUGUUUUGCAGGCGGUAUCAACAUAUAAUAGAUGGAUAUGGCAUUCCUAUUUUGGGUUGGGUGGGCAGAACAAUGAUCUUAAUGUCUUGCAUGCUUCGGGUUUGUUCGGUAGACAACUUAAUGGUGUAGCACCUCCUUGUCAUUAUCAAAUCAAUGGAAGGGACUACGAUUAG